UCGAGUCGGUCUUACCAAUUUUAAGACCCGCGGUUUUUAAUUAUUCGUAAUUAGGUUUUAUUUUCAUCUCCUUUAUUCCAUAUAAAUUCUUAAUUCUCUAAAUUCUAAUUUAUUAUUCAAAUUUUCAAAUUACAAACAUGUCUACAUUUAGAAGAGUAUCAAUUUUUCAAAACCAAGACGUGCCGGAAAUUACUUCUCCUUCCGUAGGUCAAGAUAGAAGCAGUAGAGACUACAAUAGUUUCUUUUCUUCACCUGAACAAAGCCUAAGUCCAACAAGGAAUUCUGUCGAUUCAUUAAACUCUUCAGAAUAUUUUUCUAUAAAUAAACUUCGUAGUUCAAUGAUUGGUCGGCAAUCUGUUCCUAAUUAUUCAACACGACAAUAUACAGCACAGGAGCAGUUGGCAAAUUUAAGACGUAACUCUCUCCAUUUGCCAUAUCUUCCAGAUCGAAGUGUGACAAAUAUGACAGACUUUGGAAGUGUUAGUCCAUCUGAAGAUGUCGGGGACAUCGGGCGUAAAAAUUUGCGGCGACCUAAAUUGGAUUUAUCAUUUGCAUCCUACGGUGGUUAUCAGAUUCCGCAACAACAAUAUCGUGUUUCACCUACAUUUAGUGAUGGUAGCGAUCCACUUAUUUCGCAUCUCAUGCUUGGGUCUAGAUCUAAUACUCCAGAUGAUUCAGACAUAUCAAACAGCCCGGAAGCUGUAGCUGAUUUAAUAAAUCAAGUUAAUAUUAAUCCUUAUGGUUCGUCUCCAUUGACCGAACAAGACUUAGCUAAUAUGCAGCGCAUAUCGAGUGGGAGAUUGUCUGCUGGUGAGAAUAUACAUCAUCAAACUCAGAAUUUACUAAGUACGUUAUUGGCUAACCAAAGUCAAUAUCCCACCCGAUAUGGAUCACCGGCUGCUGGUCAGUCUCCGGUCUUUGAGAAGAGAUCUCCUCCUCCAUUUUGGUCACCUACUAGGCCAAAGAAUGAUAGCAAUAAUAACCAAGUUGAAAAUCGGACUUUUAAUCGUAAUGUGUACAGUGGUUUACAUAAAGAUCCAGUAUUUACUUGGAGUGGUCAACUUCCUAAAAUUGUGCAUAGUUCUCCAAAUUAUUCAUGCAAAGUAUUUUUGGGAGGUGUACCAUGGGAUAUAACUGAAGAUGGGUUAACUAUAGCUUUUAGUCAAUUUGGAUCUAUUAAAAUUGAAUGGCCUGGCACUUCAACUAACAUAAAUCAGCCGAAAGGUUAUGUUUAUGUAAUAAUGCAAUCUGAUCAAAUGGUAAAACAAUUGUUAGAAUCUUGUACCAAAGGGUCAAAUGGAAACUAUUAUUUCAAAAUAUCGUCUCGAAAAAUGAAAGGCAAAGAAGUGCAAGUAAUUCCAUGGCUAAUAAAUGACAGUAAUUGUGUUAAACAUCCUUCUCAAAAGUUGGACCCCACCAGGACAGUAUUUGUAGGUGCCUUGCAUGGUAUGAUGAAUGCUCAAGGAUUAUUUAGAAUUAUGGAUGAUUUAUUUGGCAACGUUUCAUAUGCAGGAAUUGAUACUGACAAGUAUAAAUAUCCAAUUGGUUCAGGCAGAGUAACUUUCAGUACUUACCAAUCUUACACUAAAGCUGUGGCUGCAUCAUUUGUGGAAGUUAAGACUCCUAAGUUUUGUAAAAUAAUUCAGGUUGAUCCAUACUUGGAAGACAGUGCCUGUAGUGUUUGUAAUAUUCAACUAGGACCGUAUUUCUGUAGAGAUCAAUUGUGCUAUCGUUACUAUUGCCGUGGAUGUUGGAAUUGGAAACAUACAAGUACUACAUUAAGUACACAUCGUCCAUUGAUGCGCAAUUCUAAGCACACUCCAACUAGCAUAAGUUCACCACCAAGAUUUACAUCUCCCAACAACAACAGUUUUUCUUCACCCACACAUAAUCAGUUUGAAGUGGAACAGUGAACAUGAAAAAUUAACUUCUUAUUUUUAUUGUUAUGUUUUUGAGAAAUUUAUUAUGUAUUAAGAGUACAAUUUUGUUAAAAUAUUUGUUAUAUUAGUGUUUUUUUUUUUUUUUAUGAUGGGCAAUCAAAAAGAUUAUUAUAUUACUGAGGUUUUUACAAACAGCAGUAUCUUUUUAUUUGUCACAUUGAUAUUACUAUUCUUGAAUUUUGUAUUUAAUUACAAAAAUUAUAUGCAUGAUAUCCUUAUUUAAUUUUGUGAAAUAUAGUUUAUUUAUUUUUACUAUAA